AUGCCGGAGUCGCCGCCCUCGCCCUCCCCAAUCCCCGGCCUCCUCAAGGGGCCCGCGCCCAGCGGCAAGCUGCCAUCCCGCAGCUCGACGCCGCAGUCCGUGCUGGCGGACCGGUAUGUGCUGGGUAGCGAGCUGGGCAAGGGGGCGCACGGCCAUGUGUACAAGGCGCUGGACAAGAAGUCCGGCUCGUUCGUGGCCGUGAAGCAGAUAUCGCUGGCCGGCGUGCCCAAGGACAACCUGUCCAGCGUCAUGGCCGAGAUCGACCUGCUCAAGGACCUGAACCACAGGAACAUCGUGAAGUAUUUCGACUCCAUAAAGACGCGCAACCACCUGUACAUUGUGCUGGAGUACAUGGAGAACGGGUCGCUGGCCAACGUGAUAAAGCCCAGCAAUUUCGGCGCCUUUCCGGAGCACCUGGUGUCGGUGUACAUUGCGCAGGUGCUGGAGGGCCUGAAGUACCUGCACGAGCAGGGCGUGGUGCACAGGGACAUCAAGGGCGCCAACAUCUUGACCACCAAGGAGGGCCUGGUCAAGCUCGCUGACUUCGGGGUCGCGGCGAAGCUGACAGAAAAGGGAAAUGAACUUGUUGACCAUUAUGAUGCGGUGGCGGGCUCGCCGUAUUGGAUGGCCCCGGAGAUUAUUGAGAUGACAUCAGUCGGCCCUGCUGCUGACGUAUGGAGCCUGGGCUGCUUGGUCGUUGAGCUGCUGACUGGCUAUCCUCCCUACUUCGACUGCCAGCCCAUCCAGGCCCUGUACAAGAUUGUCCAGGAUGACUGCCCGCCAUUUCCGGAGCACAUUUCUCCUUUGCUGGACGACUUUUUGAUUCAGUGCUUUCACAAGGAACCAGCAAAGCGGGCAACAGCCGCGAUUCUUUUGGAGCAUGGCUGGAUUCAGCAUCAUAAUCGAACUUUGAAAGCCACCUGGAACAGGAGCAAGAGUUUGCGUUCGCACAAGGCUUCCAAUGAUGACACAAGGGCCAGUGUGUCUGUUGUGGUUGAGCGCAUCUUGCAACAUCAGAACGAAAUGCAAGACCAAUACCUGGACCCAGAACAGACUCCAAGCCCAGAGGCAACACAAAGCCCUGUUCCUGUAUUGCGUACGGGACAGGCAGCGGACAAUGCUGUGCGGGACAGUGCAACCACCAUCAGUGCAAGGCAGGCAGAGGGUGACGAGGAAGAGGAGGAGGGGGAGGACGAGGAGGGAUACUACUCCACAGAAAGAUACCAAUUAGACCCACAAGAUGGGCAUCUGGAUGCUAAUGAGCCCGGGUGCUCAGAGACUGAUGGAAACUCUGGGAUGCAGAGGCAGGGUUCUGCCGGUAGACUGGCAAGCACCAGUGGGCUGCAAUUGCUUGGAGGGGGGUCCAGCCGGCAAAUCCCAUUGGCGACAUGCCUUCUUGGGCAACACUCAAGAGGUGACGACUUCGGUAGCCAGCAUCAUGACAAUGUGCUGUCAGCUGGAACAGUCGUGUCUGCUGCAAAUUUACAGUGGCCAAAUGGACGAGUGCAAAUGUACACUCAACCCUCAAUCGCCAGUGUGUCUGCAUCUGGCCUUGUGGAUGCCACCCUGGAUGUGGACACUGGACGGCAGGAAGCUGUUGAGAUGCGCAGGCUUGUGACAGGCUUGCGCCCAUAUCUGGCACCUACCCAGGUGGCAGCAGAAACUGCAAAUCUGGUUCAAUUACUCAAUUCCAAUCCAGGGAAGAAACCUGUCUUCUUGACUGAAGGGGGCCCAGUUGUAAUCGUGGAAUUGCUCAACACAAAAGACCUCAAGGUUUUGGAAGUUGCCUUGGAACUGGUGAAUGUCUUGUGCACAGGAGACCCCAGGACGUUGGAGAGUCUUUGUGUUGUUGGCUUGGCACCCAUUGUGUUCAGAUACGCCAGUGCUUCUUACCCAGCCAGGAUCAGACACCAAGCAGCACGUUUCGUGCACCUCAUGUGCCACUCAAGCAUACACACUGUGGAAUUGUUCGUCGCCUGCCAGGGUAUUCCAACACUGGCUUGCCUAUUUGAGGAGGGUGUGCAAGACAACAUGCACUUAGUCGAGACGGGGCUGGCCUGUGUAUGGCGCCUGAUCGAUGUCCAUGGACCACCAGCAACAAAAAAUCUUUGUCGCCUUUUUGCCACUACAGAUCUUCCCCACAAGCUCGCCAUGGCACUAGUGUCAAUGGUCAAUGACUUGAAGAAUCUUGACGAACUUCGAGGUCAGGAGCAGCAGAGUGGAGGAGCAGGUGCUGCCGCCAAGUUGCGAAUACCUCUCAAUGGUUCUCAUGAUGGGGUGUGGUCGAAGGAACCUUCUGUCAGUGGGACACCAAAAUCCAAUCACUCUGUGUCUGUGGGCUCGGUUGCAUCAUACCCAGCAAGCACAGCGCGCAGCAGGCCUCCUGCAUCACCUAGUCAAAGGGAGGACCCAGGGCAACUUUGCCAGCAGCUGCGGGCACUUGCAGAACACGCGAGCGAGCUCCUGUUGCUGCUGUCGGACUGUGAUACAGCUGUGCGGAGUCACCUGUGCGAAAAGGACACCCUGGGUCCUCUGCUUCGAGAGCUUCGGCAUUGGCCCACAAUCAUCCUCUUCAAGAUCGCGAAGUGCCUGAAGCACUUGAGCAGCGAGCCUGAGCUGUUGGGCCAGAUGCAGGAUGCAGGCACGCUGGAAGUUCUGGUGCACAUGCUGUCCCAGGAGAGGUCUGUCAAGAAUAUGGAGCUAAAGAAGGAAGUCUUGUCCACGAUCUACAACAUGUGCAAGAUCAACCGAAGUCGGCAGGAGCAAGUCGUGGCUGCAGGAGUCAUUCCCCAUCUUUGCCGCUUCUCGUCGGAGCCCCGGCGACACGACAAUGAGCAGGAGCUAAAGCUGCGGCAGGCGCUCAGGCCAACGGCUGUCUCCCUGCUGUGUCGAUUUGCACAUUCCAGUCCGUACACUAGGCAAGAGAUUUGGUCCAACGAUGGUCUUACUCUCAUGCUGCGUCUUUUGGUUGAGGAGCAGUGGCAGCCCCUGAUUCUUGACGCCCUUGCCACAUGGCUUGAGGAAGACAUCCACCGCGUGGAGCCGAAACUGAUGUACCAAGAAUCGAUCGAGCGGCUUGUGACCCUGCUGCAGUCCUACAGGCAGAAACAGAGCGCGGUUGCCGGCGUUUUGGAUCCGCUGCUGAGGAUGCUGCAGCGUUCAGACAAGUUGAGCCGGCAGUUGGGACAGGGCGGGCUGGUGCCUGUGAUCAUGGAGAUGCUUCGAACAGCAGACGCAGCAACGUCUCUGAAGCUGCUUAAAGCCCUUCGCAGCAUCUACGAGAUGCAUCCCAGGCCAAAGGAAUUUAUCAAGCGAUAUGACGUGGAGAGGCACUUGCAUCGCUUGGCGUCUGGCUCCGCAAGCGGCAGCCUGUCCGGGGAGGUCCGAGUUCUGGUAAGAAAGGCCGCCCAGGAGCUGCUGAGGGCCUUUCAAAUGAACCAAAUAUGGUGA